UAUUAUAUUUACAGCAUGAGCACCUCGGAUUAUGUAUUGGUGGGAGACCACAACUUGUACUCAUCAACCGAUGCCAAUUCUCAGUGGAAGCAAAUUGCUGAAAUUGUGAGUCAUCCGUCCUAUGAUUCUAAUACACUGGACAACGACAUUGCCCUUAUCAGACUCACCACAGAAAUACAGUUCCCAUCUGACAACAAAAUCGCCCCUGUGUGCCUUCCAACAGCUGGUGAAAUGUAUGAUAAUGUGGAUGCCACAAUCACAGGAUGGGGAGCUCAACAAGAGGGAGGAUCCACAUCCGGCACCUUGUUCGAAGUAACGGUACCCACCAUGACUAACAAUGAAUGCAAUAGCAAGUAUGGUGGAAGCAUCACUGCCAAUAUGAUCUGCGCAGGCAUUUCUGAGGGAGGCAAGGACUCCUGCCAGGGAGACUCUGGUGGACCAAUGGUGGUGGAAGAAAACGGCAAGUGGAAGCUGGUGGGAGUUGUGUCGUGGGGAUAUGGCUGUGCUCGACCUGAUAGGCCCGGAGUCUACGCCAGAGUUACACAAUACCUUGAUUGGAUUUCGACCUCGACCGGAGGUGUCUGUCCGGCGGCUGGUUAAUCCGUCCAUUGAAUAGGCUAAUAGAAGCCUAAGCUGGUCCUUAGACGGCUUAGACAAGGAGUUGAGUUGCGGAUAUACUACCUUUAUUACUUUCUUUCACGUUUUCUUUCAUUUGGCACAUUUAAGAAAAAAAAAACCUUUUUUGAAAUAACUAAAAUAUCCGGAAGUGACAAUAAAUUGAGUAUAUUU